CUCACAAGACCGUCACCGGAAAGAGUUUUAGCUGUGCUCGAUUAAUUGGUGGAUCGUCACGCACCUGGAGUUAUAAAGUAGGCCGCCGGCACCAGACGGAGCUCAGACUGACUAAAAUAAUGGCACGGCAAAUAGCCCUGCUGAUCUGCUCAUUGCUGGCGAUGGCUGGGUGUAAUCCAAUCGAUGUGGACUGUACUCGGCGGCAGGAUUUCAAUGUUGUCAAGGACUGCUGCGCCUAUCCCACACUUAGGUUUUACCAGUUCAAAGGCCAGUGUGGUAAAUAUAUGCCAGUUGGAGCUCCCAGAAUUUCACCCUGCCUGUAUGAAUGCAUUUUCAAUAAGACCAACACAGUUGUGGACGGAGCUAUUCAUCCUGGCAAUGCCCAACUCAUGCUGGAGAAGCUUUUCGGGAAUCAGGACUUUGAAGAAGCCUACUUCAAUGGCUUAAUGGGCUGUUCGGAUUCUGUGCAGGAGAUGCUAAGCAAUAGGAGGCCUCGCCCCCAAGGAAGAACAGAACAGUGCUCUCCGUUUUCACUUUUCUAUGCACUUUGUGCCCAGAGAUAUGUCUUCGACCACUGCCCAUCAUCCAGCUGGUCCGGCACUGAAUCUUGCGAAGUGGCCCGAUUGCAGAACAUGAACUGUUCGAAGCCGACACGUGGUUCUAGUAAUCGCCUACCAUAAAGGCAUAUACGAGUACUUGUAAUAAAAAUAUAAACGAA